GGUCGACCCGAACAAAUUGGAAUUGGUCCUGAGGAGAUCAGGACGAUCAUGGACCCGAGGAGUCUCGUACUGGAGCUGGUCGGGGUCGCGCUGAGUGCGUGCGCGUGGUGGAUGCUACUGGCGUGCACUCUCAUGUCCGCUUGGCUCACCUUGUCGACGGAGCUACUUCCGGCGGAAGUGUACGAAAUGGGCCUGUGGGAGACGUGCGUGGUGCAGGUGCACGGCGCGCUCCUUUGUCGGCGUCACGACACCCCGCUGGCGCUGCCGCGUGACAUCAAGCUGGCGCGCGCGCUCGUGUGCACGGCGCUGUGCUCGGGGCUUCUCGCGCUCGGGCUGGCCAUACCGGGCCUGCACGUGGUCAACGUGGGUGACGGGCGCGCCAAAAAAGUGAUGAAGUUGUCGGGUGGGGUGGUGAGUCUUGUAUGUGCCACCCUGGUUCUGGCGGCGGUGUCCUACGUCGCUCACGUCGCCGCGCUGCGCUUCUUCGACGAGUCGGUGCCAGAGAUAGUGCCGCGCUGGGAGUUUGGCGACGCGCUCUUCUGCGGGUGGACGGCAGGUGUGCUGCACCUGGCGGCAGGAGUGCUGAUGCUCGCCUCGUGUGCGUCCAUGCGGAGCUUUCACGCUGCUGACCCACUGGAGACGCUGCAGACCGGAACCCUCGGAACCAAGACAGAAUUUCUACUGGAUGCGGAAUGGCUGCAAAACGGCGCCGCCACGGCGGAGGACUCUUUCCAUUUCCAUUCAAGUCAUUGUGUCCGUUUCCACUGCUUGUGCAGCACAAGGUGUACUGCAUCCCUGCGCUUAAUACAUGCAGAGCCUCUAUAUUUGCCAGACAGCGCAAGACGGUGGAUCAAUUUAGGAAGUUAUGCACAAACAGAAAGUAAAUGAUCCAGUUUACUUUCAGAAUAAAAUACCCCAUUUUCAAGGCAUAUCGUAUUUUACACUUUGGAAACGUCCUGAUGGGCAGGACGGACAUUAGGUCAACUUGUCAAAUGUUUUCAGACGUAAUGCCACACGUUGACAGAAAUGGAUGAGGACAUGCUGAUUCUGGCAAACUAAAAUAAAAUCAUCAUAUGGUGUGGUAUGGUAUAUUACAGGCAUAUCCUGGACAGCCAUGAUAUUGGGUCCUGCGUCAAAUACCAGCUGA